AUGAAGGUCAUCGCUGUUGCAGGUGGCACAGGCCAUGUCGGCCGCACCAUCGUCGAAACCCUUGUCCAGUCUCCAUCGUUCAAGGUCAUUGUCCUGGGCCGCAAGGCAAGUCCUAGUAAACCCGGAGAGCCAGUACAUGUUGCAGUAGAUUACGCCAACGUUGCCGCUGUGGCCACUACCCUGGAACAGCACAACGUGCACACAGUCAUAUCCGCCAUUCAAGUCGCAAACGAGGAAGCCUCUUCAGCCGAGGCCAACUUGAUCAGAGCCGCAGGCCAGUCUCCUUCCGUGAAGCGGUUCAUCAUGAGUGGCUGGGGAUCUCUUCCCAGCGAGAUGUCUCCGACAUCUAUUUUUCAGAAAGCCUCCCUCGAAGCACUUCGCAAGGCAGACCUUGAGUGGACUCGCUUCGUAGUCGGCUACUUUCUCGAUUGUUACAGCUUGGCCUCACUCAAGACUCAUCUGCCGCCCUUGUCCUUUGCCAUCGACGUGGCAAACAAGAAGGCCGCCAUCCCUGGCACCGGCAACGAGCCCAUCGCAUUCACCUACACAUACGACAUGGCCAAAUUCGUCGCCGCUUUUCUCGAGGAACCCAAGUGGGAAGAGUUGACUUUUUGCUACGGAGAAAAGACGACGUGGAACGAGUUUGUCAAGGUGGCCGAAGAAGUGACAGGCUCCUCCUUUGACGUGACCUACGACCCUCUGGAAAAGCUUCAAAGAAGCGAAACUACCGAACUCCCCGCGCAGAAGGCAGAGCUUGCCUUGUCACCCUUCCCCGAGGCCCUUACCCGACAGCUGCUAGCGCUUCUGGGGAUAUGGUCCGUUACAGGGCAGUUUGACAUACCGCACGAGGGUUCCCUCAACGCCAAAUACCCAGACAUCAAGCCCGUUACAAUUCGAGAGGCAUUAAAAAUUGGGCAGGGACGUUAG